AUAAAUCUCACAUCAUGCUGUUAUGUCAUGCUUUAUCCCACUCAGACAUGUGCUCAGUCUCUGAGAAACUCCAAAGAUGAGGCCUUCCAAAAGGCUUUCCUUCCCAACAUAAGCCUUUUUCUGCACAAAAACAGAAUCAGCAUGACUGAAUGGAACCGACUGUCUCAUUUUAACAAUCCCUUUGGUUUUAUGGACUACAAGUAUGAUGACAUAAUGGCUUCAGUGAAGCUGAUUCCAAAACCAAAGGAGCCUCUGCUUUCUCCAAAACCGGGAUCUGAUGGCUGUGUGAGGUGUGCUGUUGUGGCCAACGGAGGAAUCCUCAAUGGCUCAAAAAUGGGAGCCGAGAUUGACGCUCACGAUUAUGUUUUUAGGAUGAAUGCUGCAGUCACCAAAGGUUAUGAGGAAGAUGUUGGAAACAGAACAUCCGUGUAUGUGCACACGUCCCACUCCAUGAUUGCAGCUCUGCGGUUUUUCCAGAAGUAUGGAUACACUGCAGCCCCACAUGAUCAGAAUAUAAAAUAUGUGAUGAUCCCUGAGGGAAUGAGGGAUUUCCAGUGGCUUGAGGGUCUUCUCAAAGGAGAACAAGUCUCUUCUGGAGAGAAUCGCAACAGAGACCCAAGGACUUUUUACUCAGGACAGUACAAUGAAAGCCGCUUCUAUGUUCUGCACCAGGAUUUCCUCCGUUAUGUACGGAACAGAUUCUUACCUUCAAAGAGUCUAAAUGAUUCAUUCUGGGCGAUUUUCAGACCAACUAAUGGAGCCUUUACGCUCUUUCUGGCUCUGCAUACAUGUGAUACAGUGAGCGCAUAUGGAUUCAUGACUGAAGACUACAGUGAAUACUCCAACUACUAUGUUGAAAGAGACCUAAAAACCAAGGUCACUUUCUUCGCGAACCAUGACUACAUUCUGGAGAAAGACUUGUGGAAGAGCCUCCAUAACAGGAAGAUAAUUAAGCUGCAUCAAAGAUCUGAAAAAGGGAAACAAAGGCGGAAAAAGAUGUUAUUAGACACGCAAAAAGAACAUUAGCACUCUAAGGAUGCAGAACCUGCUCUGAAAUGUCUUCAGAGAUUUGAAAAUGUUGCUUACAGGCUCAAAGGAACAUAGACAACAAAGUCUGGCUUGCAAACCAAAGUAAAGCAUGCUUUAAAAAAUGUGACAAUAAUGUAAUCAUUUAUGAAUAAAUUAUGCAUUUUCUA